CAUCGCACGCACGCAUUCAAUUUCGCUUCGAGCCGAGAGAAGGACGCAUUUUCCCAUCGUUUCGUGCUAAAAAAAAUCAAGUGAAACACUUUCCCCGAAACUACGGUGCAAUGGCAGGAAGACGAGUCCCGGCCAACGAAGACCUCUCAAAUGUGGAAUUCGAAACCAGUGAAGAUGUCGAAGUGCUCCCAACCUUCAAUUCCAUGGGCCUCCGCGAGGAGUUACUGCGGGGUGUUUAUGCUUAUGGUUUCGAAAAACCAUCUGCCAUUCAACAGCGUAGUAUUCUUCCGAUAGUAAAAGGCAGGGAUGUCAUCGCUCAAGCCCAGUCCGGUACCGGUAAAACGGCAACUUUCUCCAUCGCCAUCCUCCAGUCGAUGGAUACGACGCUGAGAGAAACACAGGUACUUUGCCUUUCGCCCACCCGUGAAUUGGCUGUCCAGAUUCAGAAAGUUAUUCUGGCGCUGGGAGAUUUCAUGAACGUCCAAUGCCACGCUUGCAUCGGUGGAACCAAUCUGGGCGAGGACAUCCGAAAGUUGGACUACGGUCAGCAUGUAGUCAGCGGAACACCGGGCCGAGUGUUCGAUAUGAUUAAGCGACGGGUGCUGCGAACUCGUUCGAUCAAGAUGCUGGUUUUAGACGAGGCGGAUGAAAUGUUAAACAAAGGUUUCAAGGAGCAGAUCUACGACGUUUACCGGUAUCUGCCGCCGGCCACUCAGGUGGUGCUGAUUUCCGCCACACUACCGCACGAGAUCCUCGAAAUGACGUCCAAAUUUAUGACGGAUCCGAUUCGGAUUCUUGUAAAACGUGAUGAACUGACGCUGGAAGGCAUCAAGCAGUUUUUCGUGGCCGUCGAGCGAGAGGAGUGGAAAUUCGAUACCCUGUGCGAUCUGUACGAUACACUGACAAUUACCCAAGCAGUCAUUUUCUGCAACACCAAGCGUAAGGUCGAUUGGUUGACGGAGAAGAUGCGAGAAGCCAACUUCACCGUGAGCUCCAUGCACGGUGACAUGCCCCAGAAGGAGCGUGACGAGAUUAUGAAGGAGUUCCGAUCGGGCCAGAGCCGUGUCCUCAUCACAACCGACGUUUGGGCUCGUGGUAUCGAUGUGCAGCAGGUGUCCCUGGUCAUCAACUACGAUCUGCCGAACAAUCGUGAGUUGUACAUUCAUCGUAUCGGUCGUUCGGGUCGAUUCGGCCGUAAGGGUGUGGCCAUCAACUUUGUUAAGAGCGACGACAUCAGAAUUCUGCGAGAUAUCGAACAGUACUACUCGACGCAGAUUGAUGAAAUGCCAAUGAACGUGGCAGAUUUGAUUUAAGAUGAUCUACGCUGUGGUAAUUGGCAGAAAAUUUUACAUCAUUCAAUAUUAAAAAACCUAUUUAACUGAACAUUUACUAACUUAGCAAAUAAGCUGAUUUAUGUGCACAGACUAUAUAGUACCGAAUUGGAAAUUUCGUAUUUCAAGAAUAGGGACAAGGAAGAGCACUUUUGCAUAGUAUCUUACCAUUGACUCAAAUGUGUAAGAUUGAUGGUAAUAAUAAAAUGAGAAUAUCAUUCAAUUCGAUAGAACAGUAAUAAAUUAAAGAGC